AUGAAGCGGCUCAAGAACAAGUGGAAGGAAAUGGCAGAGGCGCGCAACGUUAAGAGCAGUGCAAACCGCGUUGAAGGUGCGGAGAUGGUCCGAAAAGAGAGGAAAGAUCCGAGAAAAGCGAAGCGGCGUAUCACGUCUGACGAGUCGGACACCACAAGGGGCAUAAGAGCACAACGUGCAUACCUCUGUGACACAUGUUCAUGA